AUGGAUUUUAAAGUUGUUGCAUUAGAUUUAGAUGGUACUAUUUUAAAUAGUGAUAAAAAGGUUAGCGAAAAUAGUAAAAGAGUUUUGCAGUACCUUUCAUCUGAAGAAUAUAAAAAGUCUAAUGACAAUAAGGAUAUUAUGGUCUUACUUGCAAGUGGACGUGCACCAUAUUUAGUUCAGCCAGUCGAGGAGGCAUUAGGUAUUGAUUGUUACUUAAUUGGUUAUAAUGGUAGUGUUUGUUAUUCACGUAAAUCAGAGGGUAGAAAAACCUUAUUUUCAAGAUCAAUUAAAAACAACUAUCUUCAAAAAGUUUUAAAGUAUGUCGAAGAAAACAACUUGUUUUUAAAUAUUUACUCAGAUGGUGGUUUUGUAUAUGGUAUUGAUACUCCAUCUCUUAAAGAAAAACCAGAACGUUAUUCAAUUAUGACUGGUGCCACCUAUAAAUUCAUCUCAUCAUACUCUGAACUCCCAGAAGGGUUCGAACCAGCAAAAUGUUUAAUCAUUUUAGAUGAUGACAACGAAUGCGAUCAAUUAUUAGAGAAAAUGCGUCCAUUAUUCCCAGAACUCAGUUUAGUUAAGAGCAAUUGUAUGAAUAAAGAUUAUAAACAAUACUAUGUAGAGUUCCUCGAACAUGGUGUAAAUAAAGGUACCUCUGUUAUUGACUUUUGUACCGCUAAAUCUGUCGAUAGAUCCCAAGUUGUUGCAUUUGGUGAUGCAGAAAACGAUAUAGAAAUGUUAAGCGAAGCUGGAUUUGGAAUUUGUUUACAAAAUGGCACAGAACCAACUAAAAAAGUUUCAAAUUUAAUUUCCUCUUUCACCAAUGACCAAGAUGGUGUUGCAAGAGAAUUAGUAAAAUUAUUUAACUUACCAGAAUAUUUAAUUCAAUAA